GUGAACGAUGUACAAAUAAUAAUUAAUGAAAUACUUGUGGUCAUAAUAAUAUACUUCAAGAAGAAUUAAAAUAUCAUUUGCUUCAAAAAUGUCUAAAAAACAUCCGUCCACAAACUAUACUUCUUGUUUUAAAAUUGAUGGAGUUCCAAUAUUACCUCCUUUGUUGACUCCUGAUAGAAGAAAGGAAAUCGCUUAUUACAAACAACUAGCUCUAGCAGUCGAAGAAAGAAUACAAUUACUGAAGGGAAAUAAAUCAAAAACCCCAGAACAUAGCAAGCAACAAAUAUCUAAUACAAAUAUUUAUAAUUGUGGAGAUAAUAACUAUGAAUUAGUUUAUGCUGAACCUUUAUCUUCUAAUACAAUUACAGAUCAAAAUGUUUGCAAAAAUAACAAGCACUUAGAUUAUACAGCAUCAUGUCCAAGUCAUUGUGUUCAACUAAAAGAUAGUUUGGAAGUUAAACAUUUUACUUCAGUACCUGUCUUGGUCAGAUCUAAUUCUUAUACACUUGAUGAGCCAAGUCCAUUGUUGCAAGCCCAGCUAGAGAAACAAGGAAUAUUUGAAAAUGGUAAAGGUACUAAAUGGGCUACCAAAAAUAAUAUACCAAAUCAUAUGGGAGGCUGUGGCGAUAACAUUGAGCAGACCAAAAUUGGUAUUAAAAGAAAAUUGCCUAUGAAAUAUGCUGAUAAAAAGAAUUACAAUGGGUACUCAAUUGUGCCCAAAACUGCUUAUGAAUCUGAUUUGAAUACAGAAUAUGUAUCUGAUCAAAGCUCUACUGAAUUUAUAUAUUCAUCUCAAACUAAACCCAUGGAUAGACAAUCUGGCAGCAUUUACAGUGUCUCAUCAAAUACUGGCUCUUCAAACCCUAGCGAAGAAACUAAUGAUUUAGAAACUACAAUAGAAGCAAAUACUAUCGAAGCUGAAACAUUAAUGAGAGAUGAAUCAUAUCAAACAUCCCAUUGCAAUGAAUCUUAUAACGAGUCAGUUACAGAACAAAAUUUAUCUCAGAAAACUUCACAUUUGAAUGAAGUUAUAAUACCCUUAGAAGCCCAGAAAAGCAUUCAAAAUCUAUUUGAAACAAUUCAAAAUAAUCAUACAGCACAAAUGCAGAAACUAAUAGAUCAGCAAAAAGCCGAUCAAGAAUUAUUAAAACAAGCUUUUGAAAAACAACAAGCAGUUCUUUUGAAUGAGAUACAUAAAUCAUAUUCAUCGUCUAAAUUUUGCAAAGCACACUCUGAAAAUUCUUCUAAUAAUAAUCCUGAUCCUGAAAUACCACAUUUUCAAAAUAUAGAUAAUAAUGUUUAUGCCGUUGAAGACAAAUGUUGUGAAAAUGGCAGUGAAUUCAUUAGGGCAUCUCAAACUGUACUUUCUGAAUCCAAAGAUUUAUUAAAACGUGCAAAGUCUUCUAUUGAUUCUUAUGUAGAAUCCCAUCAUCCUAGUGCAAAUCUUUCCCGCGAAUGUCUUUCUAGUGUCACAUCAAGUGUUGCAUGUAAUUUGAACAACAAUGAUUUACAAGAAAUCACACCAAGCACCACUUUAGACGAUUCUGAACUAUAUUGUACACCAAUUGAUACCCCAGUUAAAUCAAAAUUAAAUAAUGAUUACAAAAAUUCAGUGCAAUGUUUUAAAGAUUUGAAAAUUAUAGACAUAAAUGAAGAAACUGGUGAUUGUGAUAAAGAAUUGAUUUGUGAUCCUCAAGACGAUGCUAGUCAAACAAAUAUUUCUGUGGAAACUUGCACCGAAACAAUAUCUUAUUGUACUAGUUUGCAUCGAGUGAAAGGUGAAUUGUUCCAUGAAGUAAAACAGGAACAGUUUGUUGAUCCAGAAAUAGAGAGGAAGGACCGCGCCUCGACGGUGAUUUGUGCGGCCGCCCGUUCGUUCCUCGUCCGCCGCCUGCUGAGGACGCAGAAAAUUUGUUCGAUAAAACGCGCCAUCAGGGAGACGCUGCUCUGCGCUUUGAAAUUGCACGGCGAAGGCGGAAUCAAGACGACCGAUGCCGAUUUGCAUCGCAGGCUCAUUCAACAGGUCAGUCGACUGUUGCUAAUUCAUUAA